UUUAAUCCGGAAAGCAAACCACCAAAAACAGUGGGGUAGAUGUCGGGGAACAUCUACCAAGUUUUAUUAAAAAUAGAAAAUAGGUACAAUGGAAAGGGGGACUAGACCAAAACCUUUCAAGGAGGCAUUCCUCCCGUAAAACAUAUCACAGAAGAAAAUAAAAACGCAAUUGGGGAGACUAGACCUGACCCAAUUGGAAAUACAAUCAAAUAUAGAAAAAUCAAAAUCUAAGUGAAGGAAUGCCAAAUUUAUCCAUGUAAUAGGCUCACCUUGCUCGGACCGGAAAUAAUAAUGGGCUUGAGAAUUUUGUUUUUGAGCAAAGCUAUUUUAAUCUACUCAAAACAAAGAACUACUAUUCAAAAUAAAUUGUCCAUAAUCAAUGGAACAUGGAAAUUACCAUCUAUUCAAUAGUGAUGAAACACUAUUGAAUAGAUGAAGAAUGGAUUCAAUAUGCUUGGCUAGUAAGAAUGGAUCGCUAUUUCAGACUCAACAAUGUAGAUGAAGAAGAAAAAAUGGAAGUAGUUGUGGUAGCUAUGGAAGAUAGAUCGCUGAGUUGGUUCCAAUGGUGGGAAAAUCAAGCACGUGAGAGGAAUUAGGAAGCACUAAAAGAAGCGUUGACUCGUCGCUUCCAACCUGAACUGGUACAAAACCCCUUGGGUCCUUUAUUGAGUCUGAAACAGAAAGGUACUGUGAAGGAAUUUAGAGAACAGUUUGAGAUGGCUACUGCUCCAGAAGGGAACCUGAACGGGGAGGUACUUAAGGGCAUCUUCCUCAAUUGCCUGAAGAGAGAUAUAAGGCCUGAGUUGAAACUCUAUAAUGCAAGAAACUCGGUUGAGAUUAUGGACAAUGCACUGCUAAUUGAAGAUAAAAACAAUGAAGUCUUGUCCACAAGAAAUAAAGAAGAAAGGAAAAGAAUCUGGAAAAAUAAAAGGCGGGAGGAAAUAGUUAUCAAAAAUGGGGAGAAGCAAGUAGAGGAAAAAGUAACCAGAUCACUACUAACUAUUCUGAAAGGAGCUCAGUUGAAAACAAAAGUGUAGAGGGUAUGGCAGCCUCUAACUAAAAGAAUAUGGGCCCCCAGAUUAAACCAAGGUGAAUUACAGGAGAGAAGUAGGAAGAGGCUGUGUUUCAAAUAUGGAGAGAAUUGGAAUAGAGGGCAAGUUUGCAAGAUGAAGAACUUCAAAAUGGUUCUUAUAGAGCAAUCCGAAGGAGAGGAAGAAUCUUAGCCAGCUUCUAGUGAUUCUAAUGAGGGGGAAGGGAUUCAUCUGGAAUCUAAAGCUAUGCAUCUAUUUGUGCUGAGUAAUGAAGGCAUACCCACUAUGAGAACAUUCAAAGUGCUGGCAAUUUUGAAAUGGGCAAUAGGAGAACAACAUGUGAAUGUACUCAUUGAUAGCACAACUACUCACAAUUUCAUAGCCAAAAUUUGGUGAACAAAUGGGAAAUUCCUUUCACAACUAUUAAGGGAUAUAAGGUACAAAUUGGGAAUGGAGAAUAUAUUCCUAACAGUGGAAGAUGUGAGGGAAUGAAGUUAAGGAUGCAAGGGACAAUGAUUCAGCACACUUUCUAUAUUCUGGAGCUAGGAAUGGACUGGCUAACUACUUUAGAAGAUAUGGAGGUUAAUUUCCAAAACCAAACUAUUAAAUGGAGAAUGCAAGGGCAGGAAUGCUCUAUAAAAGAAGAUGCUUCGUUGAAUAAUAUGGAAGUUUCUCUGAAAACCAUGGCACACAUUUUACAACAAACUGGACAUGGAUACAAAUUGUAUUGUGAGGGACAAGGUACUGAGCAAGAUAAGAACAAAGUGCAGGAUGAGGUUUGGAAAGAAAUUGUGAAACAAUUUCCAUAGGUCUUCAAAUCUCAAGAUUCUCAACUGGAUCCACCACCUGUAAGAUCAUGUGAUCAUGCCAUUAACAUCAUCGAAGGAGCCAUCAUCCAUAAUAUCAGGCCUUACAGGUACUCUUAUUCUGUAAAAAAAUGAGAUUUAGAAAAUCAUCAAAGAAAUGCUAUGUUAAGGAAUAAUCAAACCCAGUAAUAGUCCCUAUAGCAGUCCAGGGUUAUUGGCUAAGAAAAAAGGUGGCCGGAGAUUUUAUGAAGAUUAUAGAGCGUUGAAUAAAAUAACAGAUGAUGACAAGUUUCCUAUCUCAUUUGUUAUUGAAGAAGUAUUGGAUGAACUGUUUUCAAUGCUGGAUUUAAAAUCAGGUUACCACCAGACUACCUUUAGGACUCAUGAAGGGGACUAUGAGUACUUAGUCAUUAUGCCUUUUGGAUUGACAAAUGCUCCCUCAACUUUCCGGGCCUUAAUGAAUGAAGUUCUGAAAUCUUUUUUAAGAAAAUUUGCUUUAGUGUUCUUUCAUGGCAUAUUGGUUUAUUGCAAAUCUAAAGAACAUAUGGAGCAUUCGAGAAAGGUACUACAAGCCCUAAAGGAAAAUCAGUUGGUAGCUAACUUGAAGAAGUGUUCUUUUGGCCAGAACCAACUAGGCAUGGACCCAGGCCGAGCCGGGCCUCUGGCCGGGCCUGACCGAGCUUUUUUUGGGAUUCUUGAGGCCCAGAACCAGCCCGGGUAGCUACCGGGUCAGGCCCUGGCCGGUUCGGCCCGGGUCAGCCCGGUUUUCCUAUCUUUUUUUUCGAAUUACUUCCUACCCACCCACCGCCCCACACCCCAAACCCGUCCAAAACACCCAGCCCAAUCCAUUUAACUUUUUCAAAUUUUGGGGAAAAAAAUUGGCCCGAAUCGGGCCGGCCCAGCUGCCCGACUGGACCAGUUCAUUUUUUUGAGACCCGAAGCCUGCAAUGAAACAGUACCGGGUUGGGUGGCCCGAACCGGGCAGAGACCCGGGUACCGGGCCGGGCCGAGCCAAAACAGUACCGGACCAGGCCGGUUCAGGCCGGUUGACCCGGCCCGAGUCCAUCCCUAGAACCAACUAACAUACUUGGGCCACAUUAUUUCUGAACAUAGAGUGUUUGCAGAUCAUGGCAAGAUAGAGGCCAUGGUGGAUUGGUGGAUUCCACUGAACCUAAGGAUCUUAAGGGACUAAGAGGUAAAGAGGGUAAGAUAUGUGAGGGGUUACAGAAGAUGUGUUGUACCACUACAAGCCCAUCUGAUUUUUAGUUGCCUUAGUGCUCCCUUAUCUCCAUCUCGAUUGCCUUGUUGACCCAUGUGAAGAAAUCCUCACAGUCCUUUGCCCUAAGAUAUCUUGCUACACAUUGCACAAACCUCACCAACCAGAAUACCAGAUGCUCCGCCGCCCUUCCUCUAUCUGUAAACUCCCAUCGCCGCACAACACCACCACACUACAACUACUUUGGCCACCCAUCCACCCCAAGCCGCUCUGGAGCUGGACAAAUACGGCAAUACGCCAUAGUAGUAGGGGUGGACUCGGGCCGGGCCAACCGGCCCAGAACCAGACCGGCCCGCUACAGUGCGGGCCCAGAUCGACCCUGUGAACCGGUUGGUUGGCCGGUUCGGGCCACCCGGCCCGGUGGGAUGUCAGUUCGGGCUCGGGCCCUUGAAAAGGUGAAUCGGCCCGACCGGUUCGGGCCCGGGCCAAUUUUUUUUUUUAUGAAUUUUUUUAAGUUUUUGGGUUGGGCUGGGUAUUUUGGGCCAUUUGAGGUGAUUAGGGUUGGUUUGGGGGAGGGUAGGGGGUUAACUAGGAAAAGCCAAAAAAAAAAAAUAGAACCGAGGCCCGGGCCGGUUCCGGGCCUCCCCUUCAUGAACCGAGGCCCAGCCAGGCCCAAGCCCGAACCGGUCCAUCCCUACAUAGUGGUAGCCCCCCAUCAUCAAAGCAUACAUGCAAUAGAAGAACCCCAAAGACAAAUUCCAAUCCCCCAUAAACGAAUACAUGCAAUAGAAGAACCCCAAAAUCCAAAGCAAAGGAUUCGGUUCGGGCCACCCGGCCCGUGACCCGGCCCGGCCCGGUACUGUGCGGGCCCGGGACCGGCCCGGUCGGGCGGUCCGGGACCGGGUAUGGACCCGAACCGGUGGGAAGGGGCGGGGCGGGCUCGAUGCUGGAUUAUUGUGACCCGGCCCGGCCGGGUCGGGCCCGGGUCCGGGUCUAAUUUAAAAAAAAAAAUUGGUUUGGGCUACUAGCCGUUGGGGGUGGGGCUGGGGACAACCCAAACGGCUAUAUAGCCGUUGGGUGGGGUAAAGGGGGGGUCCGGGGGGGUUGGCUGGUGGGGGUGGGGGUGGUGGGGGGGUGGGGGGUAAAAAAACCUUUAAAUACUCCUAAUCUUAAACAUUUUUUCAUAUCUCUUCUCCAAUUCUUCCUAAAUCCUAUUCUUAACUCUCUACUCUCUAAUUCUCUUAUUCUCCAAUAUAUUAUAUUUAUUAUUUAUAUAUCUACUUUAUAGUUUAUACUUAAGAAGUUAAGAUGGAAAAUCAAGAUGCCAUUAUACGGUAUAAUUUUGAUAAGCAGAACUGCAGAAGGACCCGAAGACCGGUAUGUGGUACGCAAUUUGCAAAUGGUGCGAGAAAAAAUGUAGCAAGGGGGUUUCUGGCGGAUUCAGAAUGGCAAUCAAGCAUAUGAAGUCAUGUGACAAAGCCAAAGGAUCGGGAGGUGCGGAAAGUUCCGAUUGAUUACAAUUUUCAAAAUGUUUAUCUGUUAAAGUUUGUUUUAAUUUUCAAAUGUAGUUCCUAUUUCAUUUCAAAUAAAUGCAAUUGAAGUUUGUUUAUAAUACUCGUAUAAAACUAUAAACUAUAAAAUAUAAAUUAUAAAAAAAAAAUUAACCGGCCCAGCCCGAACCGGACCCGACCCGUGACCCGGACAGGUGGACCAGCC